CCUGAGAGCAUUGUGGGCUCGGUCAGCUCCAGUUCCCAUGGAUCGCACCGAUCGAAGGCCCGGAAGUACCGGACGAAGGCCCUGAGCUCAGAAAUCGAUGAGAGUUUGUUUGGCACGAAGCCGCAGCCUGCCAAAGAUGACACCCCGAUUGUGCAGACGAUGGAGAACCGACGGCGCAAAACCGUGUCAGCGCCAACAAGAGGUCGCAAGCAUGAGACCAUCCGAAUUAUCACCAGUGACCUGAUCCGAGAUCUGCUGGUUCCCUCUGAGGACCCCUCCGGUUUAUCCAUCAUCAUGUCCCCUCAUGACUUUCGUCGCAUCAAGUCUUCAUCUCAAGUCCUCACCAAGGCGGAACGUGAGGUGGCCGUACAGGCCUUCAAGGAGCAAAAGGAAGCGGCCAUUGAAGCCGUUAAUGAGCGCAAGAACUACAUGAAACAGAAGGAAAUGCUUCGCAGGAAGAACGAGAAGCUGAGCGACCUGGAAGAGGAAGCCCAGCAGAGGGCGCAGUAUCUCCUGCAGAGAGCCAACACCAUGCGCAUGGAGCAAGAAGACGAGAUCAAAAAGCUCAACGAGAUGAUUCUGAAUGCCAAGUGCCACGCCAUCCGCGAUGCCCAGAUGGUGGAGAGGAAAGUGAUCACCAAAGAGCUGGAGGAGGAGUCCAAGCGUCUGGACCAGAUGAUGGAGGUGGAACGUCAGAAGUCGAUAAAGAUGCAAGAGGAGAUCGAGGAGAUGAGGAAACAGGAGAGGAUCAGAGGGAAGCUUCACGUCAUCCAGCAGAUUGGUGAAAACGAGGAGGCCAGACUUCUCCAGGAGGAGCAAAGGGAGCAAGAAGCCCAGCAGAUGCUUAAGUACCUGGAAGAGCUUCAGAUGGAAGAUUACAAAGAUAUGGAGAAGAAAAGGAUGGAACAGUUGGAAAUUCAGGCCGAGAUAAAAACAUAUCAAUGCUGAGAACAAGAGGAAGAAAAUUGAGCGGAAGGAGCAGGAGAAGCUGGCAGACCUGCGGGUGCUAGAAUAUACCAAACAGAAACUGGCUCGGGAAGCAGAAUACGAAGCAGAGCAAGAAAGGAUUAAAAAAGAGAAAGAAAUGGAAGUUGCUCGUCUACGAGCGUUACAGGAGAGAGCUCACGAUCACCGAGCAGAGCAGGAUGCCCUCCGGGCAAAGAGGAACCAGGAGGCCAUGGAGAGAGCCUGGCGCCGGAAGGAAAAAGAAGAGGCGUUAAAGCAGGCUGAGGUGAACUCCAUGUUGCGAAAGGCACGUUCUGGAGCAGGUGGCGCACAAGGAGCACUACUUGGCUGUGCAGGCUCAGCGGGACCGAGUGGAAUUUGAGCGGGUGUUAAAGGUCCAGCGUGAUCUGGGUGGAGAAGGAACUCAAGGAGCAGGAGGAGAAGACCAACCAUCUGAGGAAACACGCCAGCGAACUGAGGCGACAAGUGCGCGAGCAAGAGCAGAAACAGGUGGUGAACCGCAUCUCCCACUUCGAGGAGGGCAAGAGGCUGGACGAGGAGGCCCGACAACGCAGGGUACGCCUGGAUGAACUCAAACAGAAGAAGCUGGAGGAACUAAGGUGAGAGCCACCACAAGUGUACACUCUCUGCUGGGGGAAAAAGGUGACGUCCCAAAAACAUCGUCCACAAA